UGGCGGAUAGGUUCUUACUCUCCAGUGGGCAAAGCUCUUUCAAAGCUGCGCCAUAUUAAAAAACUACGAAAUAUUUUCUCAGUUUCUUAGUCAGUUUAAAAAUUAUAAUUUGCAUUGAAAAAUUUUCUAUCCGUUUUUUUAAUUUCAUCGAAGUGAGAUUAACAAAUUGAACGCGUAAAUUCGACCGUUUCAGGAAGUGAAUUAUGGGUAAUGGAGAAGACGCGAGUGCCUUUGACGUUUGCGAACCAUAUUGAAAGGCAUUUGGAAAAGUUUUGUUACCAAAGAAAGAUCGAGAGAGUCUUUCGGUGAAAAAUGGUAUCGAGGCGGAAGAUUCUAUCUCGAUCGAGAGACAACCUCGUUGACUCACAAUACGAGGAUCAAGAUGAAGAGGAUGUGUGGUACAAUCUCGAUAAACUGUACAAGGAUCAUAUCCAAGAAGUACUGGACAAAUGGAACCAAAUCGACGACGAAAUUUGGGCCAAGGUAAUCGUUUUCGAAAGGAAUCGAAGGGUGGCAAAAGCGUAUGCCAGAGUACCUGUCCUCACAAUCAAUGGGUCCAAUGAUGGAUUCGAUGGUUUCAGGAUAGGAUUAUGUGGUUUUGAAAAUCCUAUGAGGGACCCGAAAACAGAAGAGGCGAAGAAACAUAUAAAUCAAGGUGUAAAGAUCAAAAUGGAUGAGCAAGGGAAUAUAUUAAUAAAAAGGUUGUGUAAAAAUAACGUUUAUAUAAAGCCAACCAGUCAGGAAGACAACGCAAUUGGAGCAGAAAUUGCACGGAAUUCUCAAGGAGCGUUAGAACACGAGAAACCGGGGAAAGUGUUUGAUAUGAAUAAAUUUCAAACAAAUCUUUCUCGAGAAACUCGAAGAGCAUAUCCAGACAGAAGAAGAUUAGAAAUGCAAUGUUUGAGUGCAAUUGUUUUUGUUAAAACUGAACCAGAUCUUCUUCAAUGUCCCGUUUGGGUCCUUAUUGUAAAUGUUGUCGGUUUAGACAUGUUGAAAUCCAAGUUACCACCAGUUUUAGCGUUACAAAGGCCGGUGGAUAUUAAAAAUCGACCUAGGAUACCGAUUCCCGAUGAAGAUCCAUAUAGUAUAGCAGGGGUCUCAUCCUCAAUUGGAGUUUCUGAAGCGUUUCAACAGGAUCGAGACUCUCGAGAACAGAUUUAUGCCCAAUCAACAAGUAGCAGACAAAGAAGAGCAGAAAGACCACCGAAAUUACCGCCAAGAGAAAAUCUUUACGGUCAUGACAUACCUAAACCUGAUUAUGAUGACAUAGAAGAUGAUUAUGCUAGAAAACCUGUUAUAACAAAUGAAGACAAGAGAAAUAGAAACGAUGAUAAAAAGAAAUACGAUGAUCCGUAUUAUUGUGGAUUAAGAGCUCGUGUUCCUAACUUCGUGAAAAUGGCAAAAAAUAGUAAAGUCUCAACAAGAGGAUACACUAGACCCCCUACUCAAGCACCAACAUAUGCUGCCACAGGAUAUGCUAGUAGUCAAUCUUCUCAGAUUUAUGGCCAUUUACCUGGAAAUCGACCACCAAUUAUGUAUCAUGCACGAAGUUUCGAAAGCGGACUUGAUUCAGAUGGUAGAAAUGAGUCACCAUAUAAUCAUAUAUAUGGAAGGUUUCCCAUACCAACCAGAGGUGUAAUUCCCCCUGCACCUAGAGCAAUGUAUAUGGGAGAAUGGGAUUAAAAAUAAAGGAAAUUAAUAAAAAGGAAGCUAACAUAUAAAUAAGUGAACUUUAAGUUCGAAAAGAAAACAAGACAAUAUCACCAAAUGAGGAUAUAAGAACAUGAAGAAGUAUAGCUAGAAAAAACUUAUACAUAACAAAAUAUGUGUCCAUUAAGAACAGAAUAAGAUAAAGACUUUAUGUAAGAAAGUAAUAAUUUGGAACGGAAAGAAUUAAAAUGAGA